GGCAACCUUUUCAAGUUUUCAAGUCCACUCUUUCCGUGUAGAGCCAGAAACGGAUACUGGCAUAUAUCUCCACAUAGAGAGAGCUAUUUCUCAGAGUGAGACAGGAAGAAGAAAGAGCGAGACAGAAACAGAGUUGCGGAGCUUCAAGGUAAAGGUGGUAGAUUCUGUGCACGCCACGACACAACUGCGCUUUUCAGAAUUACGCUAUCACUCGAGGCUCCUUUGAUCAUUGGUCCUACAAAAAGUUUUGAGAUCUUUGAUUUGAAGGUGAAUCAAGCUUGCUUGGGCUUUCCCUUGUACGCUUUGGUCGUUGUUGUUUGGAGCAGAGGUCAGUCUUGGUAUUUAUCAUCUUGUGUUGGAGAAGAAUUUGUCGGCGACUUGUGCAAAACAUUUGAUUGGCCUUUAUAAAUUUUUAAUUUUUUGGUUGGGAGUUGUGUCGGUUUUUUCCUUUUGUUGUGUAGUGUAUAUUAUAUAGAGUUAGUCGACAUGGUUAGUGGAACGUUGUUCCUCCGUAGAAAGAAUUCGUGGCCGCCCGAGGAGUAUAUCAGCAGGACCACUUUGCAGUUGUUUGAUUUUGAUAGUUCUGCUCCUCCAGCACACGCCUGGAGAAGGAGACUGAACAGCCAUGCUAAUAUUCUCAAAGGAUUUAGUAUCACAUUUAUGGAAGCAAUCAGGAUGGUUCAACUAGGUAUACGAUUGUGGUCUUAUAUCAGGAAAGAGGCUUCUUAUGGACGGAAAGCACCUAUUGAUCCUUUCACUCGAGAAAGUUGCAAGCCAUCAGCAUCUCAAGGGGUUCCGCUUGGAGGGAUGGGAAGUGGCAGCAUAUCUAGAGGCUUUAGAGGGGACUUUAGGCAAUGGCAAAUUAUUCCCGGUAUAUGUGAACCUUCACCUGUCAUGGAGAAUCAAUUCUCUAUUUUUAUAUCAAGAGAAGGUGGAAACAAAAAAAUUGCAUCUGUUUUGGCUCCAGGCCGACAUGAAGGGCAGGGGAAAGCUGGCGAUCAGGGUAUAUCGUCAUGGGGCUGGAAUUUGAAUGGUCAGCAUUCUACAUACCAUGCUUUGUUUCCUAGAGCAUGGACAAUAUAUGAUGGUGAACCGGACCCAGAACUGAAAAUAUCUUGUCGACAAAUAUCACCAUUCAUACCACAUAAUUAUGGGGAUAGCAGUCUUCCUACUGCUGUUUUUGUUUACACGUUGGUUAACACUGGUCGAGAAAGGGCUAAAGUCAGCCUUCUAUUUACAUGGGCGAACUCAAUUGGUGGAAUCUCCCAUUUCUCAGGAGAUCAUGUGAAUGAACCAUUUAUAGGCGAAGAUGGAGUCUCUGGUGUACUUCUACAUCACAAGACUGCAAGAGGGAAUCCUCCUGUUACUUUUGCAAUAGCUGCCUGUGAAUCUCAGAAUGUGAGUGUGACUGUUCUUCCAUCUUUUGGGCUGUCUGAAGGAAGUUACAUUACUGCGAAGGACAUGUGGGGUGGAAUGGUUGAGGAUGGGCAGUUUGAUCGAGCAAACUUUGGUACUGGACCAAGCAUUCCCUCCUCACCUGGAGAGACAGCGUGUGCUGCAGUUUCAGCCUCAACAUGGGUGGAAGCUCAUGGAAAGUGCACCGUUGCAUUUGCUCUUGCAUGGUCAUCUCCAAAAGUAAAAUUUUUGAAGGGCAGCUCAUAUCAUAGGAGGUACACAAAAUUUUAUGGCACAUCUGAAAGAGCUGCUGUGGACUUGGUGCAUGAUGCACUAACUAAUUAUAAGCGGUGGGAAGAAGAGAUAGAGAAUUGGCAAAGUCCUAUACUGAAUGAUGAAAGGCUACCAGAAUGGUACAAAUUCACAUUAUUUAAUGAGCUGUACUUUUUAGUUGCUGGUGGAACAGUUUGGAUUGACUCUCUGUUGUCAACUCCAAACAUGAGAAAUGAUCACCAUCAAUUAAUAGAGGUGGAAAAUGCAGAUGUCAAAGUAACUGAAACCGAGGUGGACUGCAGACCAGACUCAAAUAAAAGUGACGAUGUUGGAAGGUUUCUGUACUUGGAAGGAGUGGAGUACAUCAUGUGGUGUACAUAUGAUGUUCACUUCUAUGCUUCAUUUGCACUUCUUGAGCUGUUUCCCAAGAUUGAACUCAACAUUCAGCGCGAUUUUGCAAAGGCUGUCUUAUCUGAGGAUGGAAGGAAAGUAAAGUUUCUGGCAGCAGGCAAUUGUGGAAUACGUAAGGUUAGAGGAGCAGUUCCUCAUGAUCUGGGAACACAUGAUCCAUGGAAUGAACUGAAUGCAUAUAAUAUUCAUGAUACAAGCAAAUGGAAGGAUCUGAACCCGAAGUUUGUGCUUCAAGUGUAUAGAGACUUUGCUGCAACAAGGGAUAUGUCAUUUGGAGUUGAUGUUUGGCCAGCAGUUCGUGCUGCCAUGGAAUACAUGGAACAGUUUGAUCGGGACGAUGAUGGCCUCAUUGAGAAUGAUGGGUUUCCAGAUCAAACAUAUGAUACUUGGACAGUUCAUGGUGUAAGUGCUUACUGUGGGUGCCUGUGGCUUGCCGCACUCCAAGCUGCAGCUGCAAUGGCUGUUGAACUUGGGGACAGCAGUUUUGCUGAAAGGUGCAAAAGCAAAUUUUUGAAAGCCAAACCAUCAUUUGAGAAAAAAUUAUGGAAUGGUUCUUAUUUUAACUAUGACAGUGGGUCAAGUAGCAACAGUAAAUCAAUACAAGCAGAUCAACUGGCAGGGCAAUGGUAUACAGCAUCCUCAGGGCUGCCUUCACUUUUUGAUGGCUUUAAAAUCAGAAAUGCCCUUCAGAAAAUCUAUGAUUUCAAUGUAAUGAAAGUUAAAGGAGGCAGAAUGGGUGCUGUAAAUGGAAUGCAUCCCAGUGGAAAGGUAGAUGAGUCUUGCAUGCAAUCACGUGAAAUAUGGUCUGGUAUAACCUAUGCUGUGGCAGCUACAAUGAUCCUCACAGGAAUGGAGGAGGAGGCAUUUAAAACUGCUGAAGGUAUUUUUAUUGCAGGCUGGUCAGAAGAUGGAUAUGGAUACUGGUUCCAGACUCCAGAGGGGUGGACAAUUGAUGGGCAUUUUCGAUCUCUCAUGUAUAUGAGGCCACUCUCAAUUUGGGGUAUGCAGCAAGCAUUAUCACUGCCCAAGGCAAUUCCGGAGGGCCCUAAGAUCAAUAUAAUGGAUGGAAUUCACAUAUCUCCCGGUAGGUUUAGAUCCUCUCACAAUGAAACAGGCGUUAGAAAGAUAGCCAAGCAAGCAAAGUACCUCCAAAAUUCUGUGUUUCACUGCAGUUGCUGAUUGUAGCAUGUAAGUUCCCUCAUCGUUGUAAAGAAGUGUUUAGGGAAAGUAUUCUGUUUAGAAAAUAGCAAUAAAAGUCUGGUUCGUAACCCGGCUAAUACAAUUAGAUGAUGUAUAGGUGACAGGUCUUUCCUUUUCUCUUUAGCAUUUUGUAUUUACUUUUAUUUCUUAUAUUGUGAAUAGGUAAAAUACUUCAUCAUUUGAAAAAUA